CCCAAAUGGUUGGUCCUCGUCAGAUUCGUAGAAUAGUUAAAAGGGAAAGGGAUCAACUAGGGGAAAGGUUGAGGUCAGUCGAAGGCAGUCAGAAUAGUGUAGAAGUUAGCUCACAGGUAUUAAAUGAUUGUAUUCAGGAAGAUAUAGAAGUAGAUCAGGAAUAUAUAGAAAUAUUUUUUACAGAAGAUCCAUCACCCAAUGAGCAGGUGAUAUCCGUAUUGAGAGAAGAGAUGAAGCUGCUCCGUGAACAAAAUGCUGUACUGAUGCAAAAACUUGAUGUAAUGGCGGAGAAGCUCGCAGAAGCCACCGCCCUUAUCAAAGUGAGCGUAAAGGUGGAGGAGGUCCCGGCUGCUAUGAGCUUGCCAAUAAAGUCGGAGGAGGAGCUUGAUCGUUUUGAGGAGUCAUUGACUCCUCAGAUUAAAGAUUUCUACAUAAAUAAAGUUCGGAAGAUGCUUGGAAGCUGCCCACUAUCAAAAUGCCUUAAAAACAUAAUAGAUGAAGACACCAUUAAGUUAUACAACUUAGAUGGGACAUGCGGGAAAAAGCGGCUCAAAAACAGAGCUGGGAUUUAUUCGAUUCUCAAAGAAGCAUUAGAGCAGAUAAAUCCAAUAGACUCGGCGGAUAGGUCAAUAAGAAAGGCGAUACUAAAUGUAAAAAACAACAUCACAAAGAAGAAGACCAGAAAUAAAUAA